GGGAAAAUGCCCAACAUGGAGCAGGAAAUUGGCAGCUGGGAUUCGGUCCUGCUGGAGAAUCUCUCCGAGGAGAGCUUCAUUAAUAACCUUCACCAGCGCUACAAACGGGAUUUGAUCUAUACCUACAUAGGAACGUUUCUGGUUGCCCUGAACCCAUACAAACCACUGCAAAUCUACAACCCGGAUCAGGUUCGCAAGUACGCCACGAAAAGCCUUUUCCAGCUACCACCGCAUAUAUUUGCUUUGGCAAAUUCGGCCCAUCAGUUUCUGCUGAACUACAACGAAGAUCAAUGCAUCAUAAUGGCGGGCGAAUGUGGCUCGGGCAAAACUGAAUCCUCGCACAUGAUAGUACACUUUCUGACCCAGCUUUCCGAGAUGCGACGCAGCCGUGCACCCAUUUUUUCGCUACGGGGAUCCAAUCCAAAUUCGAGACAAUCGACACCGAAACAUUCUACAAUCAGUCGCGUUGGGUCAUCGUUUGAAAGUGCCGCACCGUCCGGUGGCCGACUGGAUAGCAUCAUGAAGUACAACUCAUCGAGACAACAAAAAUGCUCACAUGAAAAAACGGUCGAGUUUGACCUUAUUUCGCACCACAAAAGUACGGAAAACAUUCCUGCGAUGGCUAACUAUGGCUUCAUGCCCGUGGCCAGCAUGCCAAAGUGUUUGAAGCACUCGAAUCAAUCUAUAAGCCGUUCAACGGAGGGUAACGAAUUUCCAACGAAAUCGACGCUCAAAUCGUCCAACGUAAGCUCGUGUCCCAAGCACAACUGCACCAGCAGUCACGCGGAUUUGAACCGUAUGUGCGGAGCAUCACCAUCGCCAUCAUUGCAAAAGCGCAGCAAUCUGAUGCGCUGCUGCCAUCAGAACAGCAACAACAGUACACGAUCGAUUCAUAAAUCGUCUUCGUCGAUCGCGCUUACGCACGAUCACGGAACGACCUCACCGUCGACUUUUCAUCGUCGUCAGAUAUUGAAAUCCAUCUCAAAGGAAGUGUACAUACGCGACCUGGAGUUGCAAAAGAUGCGUGAACGUGUAGCACAAGCGGAAAUCUUCCUAGAAGCAAUGGGCAACGCAGUCACGGUGAAGAAUGCCAACUCGAGUCGCUUUGGCAAAUUCUUCGACAUUGAGUUCGAUUACAAAGGUGAUCCUGUGGGAGGACAUUUGACAAUAUACAUGUUGGAAAAGUCUCGUGUCACUACACACGCUUCAGGCGAACGGAACUUCCACAUUUUCUACCAAUUGCUCUCCGGUGCCGACAUUCAACUGCUCAAAUCACUUAAGUUGCAACGAAACAUCGAUAAGUAUGAAUUGUUGAAAAACAGCUUCGCCAAUGAGGACGAUAGGACGAACUAUACCUUCACUAAGCGUUCACUUGAAAUAUUGGGUUUCGGACAAGAAGAGAUCUUUUCAAUAUUCACCAUUUUGGCCGUAGUUCUCAAGCUUGGCAACUUAACGUUCAUUCCAACCACCAACAUCGACGGCAGCGAAGGUUGUGAAAUCUCCAACGAGUAUGAAUUGGACGAGAUUGCGCAAUUGCUUCAGUUGGAUAAUCAAAUGCUUUUCAAUUGCUUAACCCGGCUGGGUGAUAACUGGGCACAGCUAGAACCGGAUGGAACCGAAAUUGAUGCCAACUAUGCAUCGCGCAUCAAGUUCACACUGUGUCGCACGCUUUAUGGACGACUUUUCACGUGGAUCGUAACACGGGUGAACGAUGCUCUGAAACUCAAGACGGGUGGUACGGUCGGUAGUCGAGGGAAAACUAUCGGUCUGUUGGAUUUUUACGGUUUCGAAGCGCUUGAGAAGAACACUUUCGAUCAGUUUGCUAUCAACUACUGCAACGAAAGACUCCAACAGCAUUUCAUCAAGAGCGUAUUGAAACACCAGCAGGAUUUGUACGUCAAUGAAGGGUUGGAUUGGAUACGGAUCGACUACUUUGAUAAUGCACCGAUCUGUGAACUGAUCGAUAAGCCUUGUUUCGGUAUUCUGCACCUUCUCGAUGAGCCACAGGUCGUCAAUGAUGGGCUUUUGCUCACACGGCUUCAUCAGUGCUGUGCCGGCCACACCAACUUUCUAGCACGCGAUGCAUCACUGCCUUCCAAUUGUUUCCAAGUACGCCAUUUUGAAGGUCCCGUCGUCUACACAACGAACGGGUUCACCGAGAAAAACCUUGACCUGUUGCCGCGGCACAUCAGCAGCUGCCUGUUUCAGAGCGAUCUGCUAAUCGCAUCCUGCCUCUUUCCGGAGGGUAACCCAAAGCGUCACUCGAAUCGCAAACCAUCGAGCUUAAGCAACAACCUACGAACCUCGCUUCAAACGCUGCUGAAGUUGCUUGAACAGCGUUCGAAUCAUUACAUAUUUUGCAUCAAACCUAACGAGCUGAAACAGGCGAAAAUGUUUGAGCUUGGGCUGGUGCAACACCAAGUACGAUAUCUUUGCCUAAUGCCGUUGAUAAAUCUGUGGCGCAACGGACAUUGUUUCAACAUGGUGCACGCACGGUUCCUGGCACGGUAUAAGCUACUAUGUCAGUAUACUUGGCCCCACUUCACUGGAACGAUCGUAGACGGCGUGGCGCUGAUCAUACGCAGUGUACCGCUGCCAGGUGCCGAGUUUACUAUUGGGCGUAAGAAGGUUUUCAUCCGCAGUCCUCGUACCGUGUACGAGCUGGACGAGUUUCGCAAGGUACGGCUCAACGAAUUGGCUGUGCUGAUCCAGAAAACGUACCGUUGCUAUACAAAACGGAAACUUUUCGUGACGCUUCGCCACAGUCAACUAAUCAUUGCAAGCUACUGGCGUACCUGGAGGGAGCGAGAGAAAAUACGUCUGGUAGAGUUUCGGAAGCAGGCACUAUGGGCGGUACAAGUGAUUGGAAGGUUCUUUGUUCUGCUUAAAACACGAGAAUUCCUGCUAACACUGUUGCUACGUCUGCCACACGAUAAUAUGAGUCCAAUCUGUCACGAGUGGCCGUCUGCUCCAACCUUCCUAACGGAGACUUCCCAGUUGCUGCGCACCAUCUUUCACCGUUGGCGAUGUUACAAGUAUCGGAAAUCGUUCGAUCAACCGGCUCGAAAUCGUAUGCGUGAAAAGGUUACCGCAAGUAUCAUAUUCAAGGAUCGCAAAGUGUCCUAUCCACGUAGUGUAGCGCAUCCAUUCCAUGGCGAUUACAUUCGACUGCGGCAGAACAUUCAAUGGAAACGGGUGAGCUGUGAGCACAACGAUCAGUACGUCGUAUUUGCGGACAUCAUCAAUAAGAUUGCACGAACCAGUGGCAAGUUCAUUCCGAUAUUGUUGGUCAUCUCAACGAACUCAAUGUUGCUGCUGGAUCAGAAAACGAUGCAAAUUAAGUACCGUAUUCCGGCAUCGGAAAUAUACCGCAUGUCCCUCAGCCCGUACUUUGACGACAUCGCCGUUAUACACAUUCGCGCAGAUAACUAUUGCUCGUCGAACAUGUCCGAUCGAUCGGAAUCACCCACCGGAUGUUUGUUUCAGUCGGAAAUAGGUAAAAAGAAGGGCGACUUUGUGUUCCAAACUGCACACUCAAUUGAGAUAGUCACAAAACUGUUCCUGGUGAUCCAGAAUGCCACUGCCAAAUCACCGGAAGUGACCAUCAGUACCGAUUUCGAGGCCAAUUUCGGUGGACAGACGGUCAUAUUCACCUUUAAGUGUGGUGGACUGGUAGACAAUCCGUACAAUCAGACGCGAGUAACGCGCAAGGGCAAUCGGAUGGAGGUGAUCGUGUAACAAAACGCUUCCCCACCGGCA